GAACCUUGAACCUUGAACCUUGAGCUUCAGCGUGAGUGCUUACCGGUGUCUAAUCUACUGAUAUGCAUUUGUAGUCCAAUGCCGAGACUCAUCUCGACCCUAUAUGCAUGGAGAUUUCUAAAGAUUUAGUCAGUUGUGGACUGUCGUGGGUGCCUGGUGAACUGAUCAUAUCCGAUGGAUGAAUUCAAUCAGACCAGACCUCACGAAAGCAUCAUUAUCUAUGACUAUUUUUGUGAUUCUGAGUUCACUGGCGCUCUUGAGUCGAACUUUACCUUCCAGCGGCAAUCCACACCGACCCGGUUCACAUUGCAGUUCAAUUCGGUCCGUGAUCAAGAUUAUCUCGCCCACAGUCACGGUCCUAGCAUUCCUCUCAGUGCCCGUGUCUCUAUAAGAACGGGUUUCAGUCUUUAUUUUCCUUACUAAUCGAACAAUGCUGACCUCCGUUGAUGAAGUUAAGGGACAUGUCUUUGACUAUAUCAUCAUCGGUGGUGGAACAACCGGUCUUGUUUUAGCGACACGUCUGUCAGAAAACCCAUCGACGUCAGUGCUUGUCUUGGAGGCAGGUGGUGCUCAUCUCGAUGAUGACACACUCUUGGUGCCUCAACAACGUUGGUUGUACAUGGGCAAGCCCGAAUACGACUGGAGCUUUAAAACUGAAACACAACAUUACGCCAAAGACAGAGUAUUCACAUGGCCUAGGGGAAAGGGACUUGGAGGCAGUUCCGCAAUCAACAACCUGCUCUGGAAUAAGCCGGCGCGCCAACACAUUGAAGCAUGGGGUGCACUUGGCAACGAUGGAUGGACUUGGGAAAAAUUCCAGGCAUAUUCCAAGAAAUCGGAGAGGUUCGUGAAGCCGAACCACAACACGGAUGUUUUGACGUAUGAUACAAAACUUCACGGGGAUCAUGGCGCUGUCGUCACGUCCUUUCCGCCAGUCAUCUCAAACCUCGAGGAAGAUUUCAGAAAGGCAAUGGAGGUCUACAAUGUCCCGACCAUCCAAGACUCAUUCUCAGGGGCGCCCCGCGGAACAUCUCCUUCUCUGUCCACUUUGGACCCAUCAACCCACCGUCGAUCUUACGCCACUAACAUGUAUUAUCAACCGGUCGCAGGGCGUACUAACUUAAAGGUCCUCGUCGAAGCCUACGUAACUGAGAUCGUUACUACGAAUCUCAACGGACUAAUCACCGCUACUGGUGUCAAAUUUGUCAAAAGUGACAAUACAUACACGGCAAAUGUCGCUGGCGAAGUGUGCCUAACAGCUGGUGCUAUUAUGUCUCCACAGAUACUCGAAAUGUCUGGCAUCGGUGAUCCUGCUGUUCUUGCACAGGCAGGUAUCGAGGUGAAACUUGACCUCCCUGGUGUUGGAAUGAAUGUCCAGGAACAUCUAUACACCGGAGUGACCUUCGAAUUGACGAAUCACUUCGUGGGUGAGCAGGAGGUGAAUACCUUUGAUUCUCUUGCCACAAAUCCUGGCUUGCAUAAAGUGCUGCAUGCAAGUGGCAAAGGCGCUUUGAACCUCAACACCGUUGACAUCGCAUUUGUUUCAUUGGCUGAUAUUUCACCCGAACUCAAUGCAAAAGUAAUCGCAGCCCUGCAAUGUGAGGAGAAGGAUGCGGGACUCGCCGCGCAGUACAAGUUACAAGCCGAGCAUCUUCGGGAGAAGGUCCCUAGUCUCGAAAUCUUACUGGCUCCGGGAGCAGCAAAGCCACCCCCGCAGGGGUGGGAUGCCUCGAAGAAGCAUGUUUCGCUCUGUUUUGCUAUCAACUGCCCACUUUCCCGUGGAACCAUACAUGUUAAAUCUAAAGAUUCGCUUGCGAUUGACCCGCGUGUUUUUGAGAAUUCAUGCGAUCUAGACACCAUGGUUGAAUUAGUUAAAUUUUGCAGGAGGUUAGCUGAGACACCUCCUUUGAAAGGAGAAGGAGAGGGCCGACUCAAAGAGAUUCAUCCUGGACCGGAAUGUCAAGAUGAUGCCUCCAUCGCAGAAUGGAUUCGCAACAAUGUCAACACGACCUUUCAUACUGCUGGUUCAUGUUCCAUGCUUCCGAAGGAAUUGAACGGCGUUGUUGAUCCUCAGCUCAAGAUAUGGGGCACCCACAAUAUCAGAGUCGCCGACUUGUCAGUCGUUCCGCUCCAUGUCGGCAGCCACACUCAAUCUGUGGCAUAUGCCAUAGCAGAACAAGCCGCGGACAUCAUCAAGGCGCGCCACGAGAAAUAGUUGAACUUGGCCAGUUUAUGUUGUGCAAGUGCAAUGAGAUCGUAGUCACAUGUACUAAUAGACACACUUACUUCUUGAGAUCUCAUAUUGGUCUGUCCAGCUUUCAUGGUACGUCUCAUGACAAGAAUCGAAUCACGAUUCGGAACUAUGAUGCUUACACAAAAUAAUAUGAAUAUACGAAUCUACUCAAUACU